AUGGCAACAAAAAAAUCAUCAUGCACUGAUAUAACGAAAAGGAGCCAGAGUCCCGUCGUUUUAGAGGUUGAGAUGUUCCGUGAAUUUCAGGACUGGUGCCUCCGGACAUAUGGGGACUCCGGUAAAACAAAGACCGUCACCCGGCGAAAAUACAACAAAAUCAUGCAGACAUUGUUGCAAAACGAAGAGUCGGACAGCAUGUAUGUCGACAAUAGUCACAUCAAUGCUAAAUUCAAAUUCUGGGUGAAGUCGAAAGGGUUUCAGGUCGGGAGCAACAUCCUCGGGGAGCACAAGAAAGGAGCGUCAGGGAAGCCGGUCCUAUAUGUCCCGGUCAAGUCAACGUGUGCAGAUGCAGGCUCGGCCCAGGACAGCUUGUCCCUGAAGAGGGUGGCAGUGGUGGAGGACUUCUUCGACAUCAUCUAUGCCAUGCAUGUGGAGAUGGGUGCUGACCUUGGUAGAGCACCUAAACACGCUGGCCAGAAGAAGACCUACAAAGCGAUAGCGGAGACAUAUGCCUUCCUGCCCAGGGAGGCAGUGACACGCUUCCUAAUGAGCUGUGGAGAGUGUCAGAAAAGGAUGCACAUCAAUCCCAACACUGCAGAGUUUAAAGAAAAUGAUCGACCAGCAUCCCUGGUCCCGGACCUCAUUGACUACAACAUGCCCCUGACGGCCACCUACCUGAAACAGAUGAAACUACAGUGCAUGACUGCCAAUGAGCGGGAUGAAAGUUCGGUGAGCAGUGAGGACAUGGAUAUGGCUGAGCCCACGUGGGUCUCUGCUGAGCGUCCCCCUGUCCCUGAGCUCAGUCCCCCCAAUGGAGGGAUGGUACACAGCCCACAAGCCGCAUUGAAAGAGGAAGACGAUGACGACUCUGAGAGUGCCAACGGACUGCCAUCCCUGACCCCCCUGGAGGCAAUGGUUGUGGGCAGUGUCCCUUCAGAUGGUGUGGCUCCAUACAGGGAGGUGACUGAGAACGGGGUGAGUGCUCCCCUGGACUUUAGCACCACCACCUCCUCCUCUUCCUCCUCAGAGGACCAGCAACCAGUCAAUCUGACUGACAGACUGCUGCCUGUGGGGAGCCCUGUUGGGACGCCCUACUCUGCUGACGCUACGAGGAAGUCCCCUGGGAAACCAGACUACGGCAACAAGUCUCCUCAGCCCCGCCCCGGAAGCUAUGACUUGUUGAAGACAGAACUGAGCAUGAGUGCUGAGGACCUGACCUCUGGGCGUGCUCAGAUCAUCGAUGAUGAUGAUGACGAUCAUGACGACCACGAUGACAGUGACAAGAUCACUGAUGCUGAGGGAAUGGACCCAGAGAGGCUGAAAGCAUUUAAUAUGUUUGUUCGUCUGUUUGUGGAUGAGAACCUGGACCGCAUGGUGCCCAUCUCCAAGCAGCCCAAGGAGAAGAUCCAGGCCAUCAUCGAGUCAUGCAGCCGACAGUUCCCUGAGUUCCAGGAGCGCUCCCGCAAGCGCAUCCGCACCUACCUCAAGUCCUGCCGCCGUAUGAAGAAGGUUGGUUUUGAGACACGGCCCACACCCCCACACCUCACCUCUGCCAUGGCAGAGAACAUUCUCGCUGCUGCUUGUGAAAGUGAGACACGCAACGCUGCCAAGAGGAUGCGACUAGAUGUCUAUCAAGGCCCUGAGGAACCUGCUACUGCUGAUAAGAACGGCUCCAGGGACCCGGCCUCAGUUGCCUCCUCAGGCUUCUCCCUGGCUGCCUCAGCCUACUCCCAGUCCCAGGACCCAGUAUACACCAACGGCACCAACAGGGGCCUCAACUACAGCUUCCGCAGUUACGGAGCAAUGAGCAACAACCUGCCGACCACCGGUGCCACCACCACACAGACCAAUGGUCCCACUGAUCUCAGUAUGAAGUCUGUGGCUCCCACAUCCUCUUCCGCCAGUUCUAACAGUCACAGUGGUCAGGGUGGAGGUGGGGGAGGUGCCUCGGCUCAGCUCAGCCCCCCUGAGGUCACAGCAGUGAGGCAGCUCAUCGCCGGGUACCGAGAGUCUGCCGCCUUCCUGCUCCGAUCUGCAGACGAGCUGGAGAACCUGAUCCUGCAGCAGAACUGAACCAUAAACAGGCCAGACCGGACGAACUAUGCCGUGUCAAGACCCGUCUCCCCAGGCUGUCUGU